CAACGACAUGCUUACCGCGUUGCGAUCGCCGUGCAAGGAAGAUCGCCUUCAGGGUGGCUGAGCCGCUGUCAAAGACCUUUAAUAAACGUCAGUCCUAGCAAAUACCUAGAAUACCCCUCAAGUUCGACUCAAGUUGCACAAACACCCCGCAACCAGCCGUGAAAGAUCAACAUCCAUCAUGGCUUCCUACCUUCAAAAGCUGCGACCGAAGUCAAAGCAGAAUGACCCCGCCAACUUCAGAGAAACAGUCGUUCACAAUGCGCCAAAGCCAGAAGACGCAGCCAAACCUACAGGACCCGUCCCUCAACCACCGCCUGCGCCAACGAUCAGCGAACCCGCCGAUGAGACUGGCGCAGAGCCUGUCCUAGACGAGGAAGACGAGAAAUUUCUCGAGCGGCUCGCCGCGAUUGCCUCAGAACCCGAGGGCACACCUCCUCCACUACCCGGCCGCCCAGCCGUGAUCAUCGACGAACAUGGACAGCAGAAGGUCGGAAAGGAUGCACAAGAUGCGUUGAUGGACGGCGCAGACAAGAUCGCACUUCCAAAAAGCCCAGCAGAGAAGAAGCCAUUCACAUCAUACUUCGCGCUUCCCAAGUUUGGCAAGAAGACCGACAAAACCGAGAGAGAGAAGGACAGCACAACAAAAGACAAGAAGGGCAAAGCCAAGGUCACAGACGCCGAGCGCAACGAGCUCGCCGACAACCUCCUCGCCGCCGCCGAAGCCUCGAAGUCCGCUGACGAAAAGGAAGUCGAGAAGGAGACUCAAGAUCUCACCAAGAUCCUCGAAGAGCUCAAUAUGUCCGCCGUGAACAACCGCGUGUUCUCCUUCAGCAAAGAGUCUGAAGAGCUCCUCCAGAAGUUCACUCUCGUAUUGAAGGACGUCGUCAACGGCGCUCCAACGGCUUACAACGAUCUCGAGAAGCUCUUCACCGACUACGACGCCCAAUUGAAGAAGAUGUACGGCGGUCUUCCACCUUUCCUGCAGAACUUCGUCAAGAGCCUCCCCGCGAAGCUCACAGCCGGCCUCGGUCCCGAACUUCUCGCUGCAAGUGCAGAAAAGCCCGGCUUCGACGGCAAGCAGCGCGCCGGUGGUGAGGGAAGCAGGAGCAAGAAGAGCAAGAUACCGGGCGUGCCCAAGAUUCCUAGUCUCAAACAAUUAGUCUCUGCUCAGGGAGCGGUGGCUACAGCACUCCGCAGCAUUGUCAACUUCUUGAAGUUCAGGUUUCCAGCUCUGGCUACAGGAACGAACUUGAUUAUGAGUUUGGCUGUAAUGAUCCUGCUCUUCGUGUUCUGGUACUGCCACAAGCGCGGCCGCGAGACCCGUCUGGAGAAGGAACGCCUCGCCGCAGAGGCCGCCUCAGCCGAAGCUUCAGGUGUUUCCAGCGCAGCUGUUAGUGAUGACGAUUCUGUCUUCGGCGACAAGAAGGGACAGAAGACGAAAGCUACGUCUGAGCCUGUCCCGAGGGUUGAGGGUGAGCCUACGGAACCGACGAUUGCCAAGGAUGAUAAGGAGGACGGGAAGGCGACAGUGGCUGAUUUACCGGAUGUCUCGCAGCUUCCUGAGCCGGGCAAGGCACCGGAGAAGAAGUAAAAGCGCGAGUAUCGCUGCUACUGCUUGGUCUAGAUUGAUUCUUUCUUUGCGUAUACCCUGUUAUGCCUUGUCAUGAAGAUAAUGAGUAGUAAUGAAUACCCUUUUCGCAG